CUCUGAUUCCUUUAUAACCCUCUUUCCCAACCUUUCUCUCUCCCUUCAUCCACAUAAUCACCAAUCGACACCUCACCCACUCCGUUCCGUUCCCCUCUCUCUCUUUCUCUCUCUCUCUCUCCAUUCGAUCAUUUCUGAGCCACUCUCUGAAAGGUGUUGGACAGAGGAGUUUGAAAAUUUUGUUGAGUAUUUAGGGCGGAGAGAGAUAUUCGGUUAUGGCGUCGACUCUGAUCUCAAACCCCGUAACGAACUCCGAUCGAUCAAAAAAGAAGAAGAAGAAGAAAAUCCAAGAGAAGGACCACAACGAUGAUCACAACCACAUAAAAUGGAAAUCGGAGGCGCAGCAGCAAAGCUACUCCUCCAAGCUCGUACAGGCUCUGAGCCAAGUCCGGCUCGGUCCUUCGCCUUCUUCGCCUUCGGCUGAAGUGCCUCGACGGGGACGAGCCGUGCGCGAGGCCGCCGACAGAGUCCUGGCCGUGGCUGCCAAGGGCAAGACGAGAUGGAGCCGGGCGAUUCUGACGAGCCGGCUCAAGCUCAAGUUCCAGAAGAAGCACAAGCGCCAGAGAGUGGUUUCGGCAGCCACCGGGACGACCCGGUCGUCGUCGAAGAAGCCGAAGGUGAGCGUAUUGAGGCUGAAGGGGAAGAGUCUACCGGCUGUGCAGAGGAAAGUCAGGGUUCUCGGCCGCUUGGUCCCCGGUUGCCGGAAACAGCCGUUGCCAGUGAUUCUAGAUGAAGCUACCGACUACAUAGCCGCGCUUGAGAUGCAAGUCCGAGCGAUGAGCGCCCUCGCCGAGCGCCUCUCCGGCUCCGGCGCCGGCUCUAGUUCCGCGCCACCUAGCUGAUGACAAUUGCCACGUGCCAUUUCGACUCUUUUUUCCUUUUUUUUUUUUUUUAAUUUUCUUUUUAUUUUCCCCCUUUAAUCUUUCUUUAUUCUCUGUUAAAUACAUGUCCAUUUCUCUUGCAAGUAAAUCUAUCUCACACUUACCUUUCCAAUUCUCA